AAGGGUUUUUUUCGAAGGACAAUUCAAAAGAGCAAAGGUGCUGAGCCCGAUUUGACUUGCAAGAAAGAAGGGUCAUGUGAAAUUUCUCCUCAGACCAGAAAUGCUUGCCAGUAUUGUCGCUAUAAAAGAUGUUUAGCUAUGAAGAUGGAUCCAAACUGUAAGAAUUUACUUUAA